AUGGUCAAACACUUGCAAUUUGUGGCGAUAUUGGUGGCCUUUACACUUACAGCCCUCACUCAAGCAGCUGAGAUUAGCAAUGUUUUCCAAAGCUUUGAUAGUUUAACUUGGGAAAACGGUGCAAGCUAUAGGUACAGAACCCCUUUAACUCCUAGUUGGAUUGCACAAUUGUCUUGGAAGAUUUUAGGUUCCAAUGUCAAACCAGGCGACACAUUCACAUUGAACAUGCCAUGUGUAUUCAAGUUUACAACAACACAAGAGAGUAUUGACUUGGACGUCGGAGACACGGUAUAUGCUACAUGUCGUUUCGAACCAGGUGAUUUAGUCGUUGCAUAUUCACAAUUGAAAUGUACUGCCAGCGAUAAUGUUAAAGAUAGCACUGAUGCUACUGGUACUGUUAGAUUCCCUUUCACAUUCAAUGUUGGUGGGUCUGCUGGUGUAGUUGAUUUGCAAAACUCAAAAUGUUUCACACCAGGUACUAAUGAAGUAACUUUUACUGAUGGCGAUAAGAAAUUAACAACCACUGCAAACUUCCAAGGAGGCUCCAAUACCAAUACGGACAACACCCCAACUGACGACAUUGUUUACUCUAACCGAGUUGUCCCAUCUUUGAACAAACAGCAAUUGUAUUUAUUGGGAGGCACGUGUUCAAAUGGUUAUAGAAGUGGAACAUUAGGAAUAACAGUCAGUGGAGGUACACUUGACUGUUCCGCUCUUCACUCAGCUAUUACGAACAAAUUGAACGGUUGGUUUUUCCCAGAGGUGGCAGAUGCUAUUUCUGCUUCUUCAAGUUGUAAUGGCCAGUCUUAUACAAUCAAUUACGACAACAUUCCCGCUGGUUAUAGACCUUUUAUCGAUAUUUUAGUUUCUGUUCCCAAUGGUCAAAAAUUACGCACAACUUAUACAAAUAGUUAUAAAUGUGUUGGCGAACAGCGCGCUCGCGACAAGUCAAAGGUUGUGACAUGGGGUGCAUACAAUAACAAUGUGGCUGGUGCCAAUGGUAAUGAAGUCAUUCUUACUACAUCUACAUGGCUUGGCUCAACUACUGCUGUGACGACAUUGCCAUACAACACUGAACCAGGUAAUACAAAGACAAUCGUUGUUCAGGUUCCAAUUCCAACCACCACAGUCACAACAUCUCAUCUUGGAGUUUCAACAUCGUUGACCACCAUAACCAAUACAGUUGGAGGUACCGCUACUGUUGUUGUUGACAACCCAUAUCAUUCAACAACCACUUUUACUACAGUUUGGACAGGGACUCAGACAACCACUUCCACCAUUACCAAUCCCACAAGUGCCAUUGAUACAGUAGUGGUUAAAAUCCCCGAAAAUCCAACUGUCACCACUACCGAACCAUGGACUGGACUGGGAGUCUCAACCUCAACAGAAACAUUUGGACCCGGAAACACUGACACUGUUCACGUUUUAGAACCUGUUAACCCAACUGUCACCACUACCGAACCAUGGACUGGACUGGGAGUCUCAACCUCAACAGAAACAUUUGGACCUGGAAACACUGACACUGUUCAUGUUUUAGAACCUGUUAACCCAACUGUCACCACUACCGAACCAUGGACUGGACUGGGAGUCUCAACCUCCACUGAGACGUUUGGACCUGGAAACACUGACACUGUUCAUGUUUUAGAACCUGUUAACCCAACUGUCACCACUACCGAACCAUGGACUGGACUGGGAGUCUCAACCUCAACAGAAACAUUUGGACCUGGAAACACUGACACUGUUCACGUUUUAGAACCUGUCAACCCAACUGUCACCACUACCGAACCAUGGACUGGACUGGGAGUCUCAACCUCCACUGAGACGUUUGGACCUGGAAACACUGACACUGUUCAUGUUUUAGAACCUGUUAACCCAACUGUCACCACUACCGAACCAUGGACUGGACUGGAAGCUUCCACCUCAACAGAAACAUUUGGACCUGGAAACACUGACACUGUUCACGUUUUAGAACCUGUUAACCCAACUGUCACCACUACCGAACCAUGGACUGGACUGGAAGUUUCUACCUCAACAGAAACAUUUGGACCCGGAAAUACUGACACUGUUCACGUUUUAGAGCCGGUUAACCCAACUGUCACCACUACCGAACCAUGGACUGGACUGGAAGUUUCCACCUCAACAGAAACAUUUGGACCCGGAAAUACUGACACUGUUCACGUUUUAGAACCUGUCAACCCAACUGUCACCACUACCGAACCAUGGACUGGACUGGGAGUCUCAACCUCCACUGAGACGUUUGGACCCGGAAACACUGACACUGUUCACGUUUUAGAGCCGGUUAACCCAACUGUCACCACUACCGAACCAUGGACUGGACUGGGAGUCUCAACCUCAACAGAAACAUUUGGACCCGGAAACACUGACACUGUUCACGUUUUAGAACCUGUCAACCCAACUGUCACCACUACCGAACCAUGGACUGGACUGGGAGUCUCAACCUCAACAGAAACAUUUGGACCUGGAAACACUGACACUGUUCACGUUUUAGAACCUGUUAACCCAACUGUCACCACUACCGAACCAUGGACUGGACUGGGAGUCUCAACCUCCACUGAGACGUUUGGACCUGGAAACACUGACACUGUUCAUGUUUUAGAACCUGUUAACCCAACUGUCACCACUACCGAACCAUGGACUGGACUGGGAGUCUCAACCUCAACAGAAACAUUUGGACCUGGAAACACUGACACUGUUCACGUUUUAGAACCUGUUAACCCAACUGUCACCACUACCGAACCAUGGACUGGACUGGAAGUUUCCAUCUCAACAGAAACAUUUGGACCCGGAAACACUGACACUGUUCACGUUUUAGAGCCGGUUAUUCCAACAUCUUUUUCGACUUUGCAAUUAUCAUCUACUGUCUCCAGUUUUAUAUCAAGUCGAAGAUCGACUCAUGCAUCAUAUGGUAACUCAACCAUUAACUCUAAUACCCUUAUAACUGCCGAACUGAGUCAACAAAGCACUAUUGUUCCAAGCGAAAGUACCAUCACUAAUGAAUCAUCAGAAGUUGAUAGCACCGCUGUUGUUAAAUCAUCAGAAGCUGAUAGUACCACUGUUGUCGAUAGCACCACUGUUGCUGAAUCAUCAGAAGUUGAUAGUACCACUGUUGUCGAUAGCACCACUGUUGUUGAAUCAUCAGAUGCUAAAGUCACCACCACCGAGGUUACAAACAUUGCCAUUAGCACAUCUGCGCCGGCCAUUGUGCCCACCGAAGAGGGUGGCAGUUCUGCAUCAACUGACUUUAAGAGCAGCAACUAUGAGUCUCAAUCAGAGGUUAAUACCCGCUCGUUAACGGGAUCCGCUUCACACUCAGACUCAAAACCGGAGAUCCAAGGACCCACUACUGUUACAAGUAUCUCAGUCACCAGCUCAACAUAUGUGAUUAUCCCAACACAGAGUGCUCCUGCUAUACCUGGUGAAAUAUCCACUCCAAAAUCCUGGCCGUCUUCAAGUGAAGCUUCUGUUGUUGUGUCAUCCCUGAUUGUAUCAUCAGAAGGUACCGUUGCUUCAAGUUUAGAAUCUAGUACUGGAAAAUCAUUAUCUAUUUCUUCAAGUUCAUCACCUGUUUCAAAAACCAACGACAUACCAAAUAUUGAAAUCACAGAGAAACCAACGGUGAUUGCACCUACAGGCUCAACAGAUGGUGGCAAUGAAGCGUCUAAUCUGCAAAUGUCCUUGCCGCAAAAUGCUGGUACAAAGUUAACUUCAGAAGCUACAAGUUCAAUCGAUGAUGCUGAUGCUACAUCGUCUUUUACUGAUACAAGUACUGCUGCUGAUUCUCAAUCCUUUGAAGGUGGACAAGGUACAGUUCCAGGUACUGAAAGCGGUACAACAUUCUCAACACAAUUACCAUCUACAAAAAGCUCAGAGCUCCCAUCUGGUAUACAGUCAUCUGUUGGCUCUGAAUCUCAAUCACCAACAACUACAACCGAUGUUUCUACUAGCUCAUUACUGACUGCGUCUCAAGAACAACAACAGCAACAACAGCAGCCAUCAUUGUCAUCAUCUGGCUCUAGUUCUGGCUCGUCAAUAGAGACUGCGGAUUCUCCAAUCAACACCUACGAAGGAUUAGGUUUGAAAGUUAAUCCAAGUGGAAUCUUGACAGUCUUGAGUCUUUUCUUGUUAUUCUAA